AUGCUUAUCAAUGGUGAGAAGUGGGCUUGUGACGCCUGUAUCCGUGGCCACCGUGCUGCCAGUUGUUCCCAUUCCGAGCGUCCCUUGACCCUUAUCAGUAAAAAAGGGCGACCAGUCUCUCAGUGCACUCACUGUCGUAGUCUACGCGAAUCACGAUCAGCACAUGUCAAGUGCGGAUGUGGCAAUAAUAACAGAGCAAAGAAUGACUGCAAGACUCAAAAUUAUUAUCCACAAUGUAAUUGCGUUCGUGGGGAGCGUUGUGUCUGUGCGUUGAAGAAAGAGCCGUCCCUAGAACUCGAUUCUGGGCUUUCUCCGCCGCAUCCCCUUGUCCACGAACACAGAAAGAGCACGUUAUCCGAGUCAGAGAGCGCAGUAGCUGCCCUCCACGAAGAUCGUUGCAGGUCUCCUGGACAGUUCACCUCUAUACAGACAAGUCCCUCAGCAAGUAUACCCAAAUCCCAAACUUUGAAUCAGCACAGCUGGCUCCAGUAUAAGUCAGCUGAGGACAGCUUUGCCGCAAACUCAGUUAUAUCACCUGCCGACCUCUCAUCCUUCACUGGCCUUUCUUCCGCCAUGACACCUGGCUACCCCCGAUACAUAGAACCCGCUUCAGCACCAAGGGCUCUUGAUAACUUCUCAGUUCAUCGAACUGUGACAGAGAAUCCUGAUCUGGAUAUGCCGUCCUUUUCUUCUGUUGACUUCCCAAUAAUGACAGCCUCAAGCGGACUCGUGAACGGCAUAAAUUCCGAGAAUCUGUAUGGAGAGGACAUGUUUUCCUCCACUUAUACGCAGCUCUCACCAGGCCGCACAGGAGCAGACGCCUAUACUGCUGAUUGGGAGGGGUCCCAUCCAGAUGUGUUUGGUACUGGCAAUGCUCAAAUUCCGCACGGCUUCACUCCUUACGCUUUGCGCUUACCCUCGCCAUUAUUAUUCAACGGUACUGGCGAGGUGAAGGAACUUGAAGCAUCUUCAAACCAUGGAAAUGAAGGAGCUAGUCAACCAUACGCACGUCGAAUACAUGAUCCCUCCACGUCAGCUGCACAGUACUAG